AUGCCAAGUCACUCCCGAAGUCGGGACCGCCACGGCGGUCGCGACAGCGACCGGGAAGCACGGUAUGACUACGACUAUGCCCGACGGCGCUACGCAACUGACGACAACGACGACGAUUACGAUGAUGACGAAUUAGAGCACGACUUUCACGAACGCCGAUACAGACGGGACGGAUACCGUCCCCCGCGUGAGUCGCAGAGGCGCGGGCACUACGAGCGCGAUGCGGAGGGGGCCGUCGAUGAGGAAUUGCUGUGUGAUGAGCGCAGCCCGCGACCACGAGCGAGUAGAACUUACGGUGAUGACUAUGAUGCGCGACGAGGGGAACGAUCGCGGGCGAGGGAGGCUCCGAGAAGAAGCGAGCGGCAUGAGCGGCAUCGCGAAAGGGCUCGGGAGACUCAGAGCAGGCGUAGGGCGUAUGAAGAUGAUGGGCGACAUCGGACGAGAGACAGCCGCCGGGAGAGAGGUCGUGAGCCGGAUGCUGAAGCGCGGAGAUCCAGACGAAGGGAAGCGGGGGGUGAGGCAGCGGCGAGGAAGCAUCAGAGCAGUGAUUCGACCAAUAGUGCGUCGCAUUUGCUGAGCGCGGAUGCGUUGGCUAGGCUCGGGGCUCAAUAUGAGAAGGAGGAGCGCCGGGAGCGCGAGAACACGAAGGACGCCGCCAAAGCGGAGAGGAAACGUCAGAAGAGAGCAGUUGUGGGAGAAGGAAAGCGCGCUUUGCGUGAUCCGCCUGGCGAGUCACACAGAGAUCGGUCGAAGGCGAGGGUCGCAUCUGGGGCGUACCUUGAAGAAGGGCGGAGCCCCGAGAUGCAAGUGCGCCAUCGUGGAGGUGGUGGCCCGACGAUGGAAGCUAGAUGGCGGAAAGAAGGUAGCUGGGGAGGUAGUAUUGACGAUGCAGGCGACGGAAGGCCAUUCUGGAAGCGGAAGAGAUGGAUUGGCUUAGGCGCUGUGAUCCUGAUACUGGUCAUUGUGAUUCCCGUUGCCGUCGUCGUGUCCAAGAAACAUGACAAGAAGUCUGACGCGGCCAAUCCACAAGGAAACUCGCCUGGUAACUCGAAUCUGGCCGGAUUGAGCCAUGACAGCAUUCCAGCUUACGCCCAGGGAACAUAUCUGGACCCUUGGACAUGGUACGACACGACUGACUUCAACGUCACAUUCACAAAUGAGACGGUUGGUGGUCUUUCUAUCAUGGGCUUGAACUCGACCUGGGACGACUCAGCUAGACCGAACGACAAUGUUCCUCCUUUGAACAAACCAUUCCCGUAUGGAUCACAGCCAAUCCGCGGCGUUAACCUGGGAGGCUGGUUGUCAAUCGAACCGUUCAUCGUUCCUUCAUUGUUCGACUCUUACUCCUCGAUCUCAGGGAUCAUUGAUGAAUGGACACUGUCCAAGAGACUCGGCAGCUCCGCAGCCUCGACUCUUGAGAAGCACUACGCUACAUUCAUUACCGAGCAGGAUUUUGCGGACAUCCGAGAUGCAGGUCUCGACCACGUCCGCAUCCAGUAUUCCUACUGGGCGGUAGCAACGUAUGACGACGACCCUUAUGUCGCAAAGAUCUCGUGGAGAUAUCUCCUCCGAGCAAUCGAGUACUGCAGGAAAUACGGGCUCCGAGUCAAGCUCGACCCGCACGGGAUUCCAGGAAGUCAGAACGGAUGGAAUCACAGCGGUCGCCAGGGUGCCAUUGGCUGGCUCAAUGGGACAAAUGGCGAGCUUAACCGCAACCGGUCUCUUACUUUCCACGACAGCGUGUCCAAAUUCUUCGCACAGGACCGAUACAAGAAUGUCGUCACGAUCUACGGGCUCGUGAACGAGCCAAUGAUGCUCUCGCUCCCAAUCGAGGAUGUCCUCGACUGGACGACCGAGGCCACGAAGCUCGUGCAGAAGAACGGCAUCACGGCGUACGUUGCUUUGCACGAUGGCUUUCUGAAUCUGAGUAAAUGGAAGAGCAUGCUCAAAACCCGUCCCGACAAGAUGUUACUGGAUACGCACCAAUACACCAUUUUCAAUACGGGGCAGAUAGGCCUCAACCAUACGGCGAAAGUCAACCUAAUCUGCAACGACUGGUACAACAUGAUCAAAGAGAUCAACUCCACAAGCACAGGCUGGGGCCCAACCAUCUGCGGAGAAUGGUCCCAAGCCGACACCGACUGCGCCAAAUACCUCAACAACGUCGGCCGCGGCACUCGCUGGGAAGGAACCUUCUCCCUCACGGACUCAACCCAAUACUGUCCAACCGCCGACAGCGGGCCCCGUUGCAGCUGCGCCAACGCCAACGCAGACGUCACGGGGUACUCCGCCGACUACAAGAAGUUCCUGCAGACAUACGCAGAGGCGCAGAUGUCCGCAUUCGGGACCGGACAGGGCUGGUUCUACUGGACCUGGCGAACCGAGUCUGCGGCGCAGUGGAGCUACAGGACCGCCUKGAAGAAUGGCUUCAUGCCGGCCAAGGCAUAUGCCCCAUCGUUCAAGUGCGGGGAUGCAGUGCCGGAUUUUGGGAGCUUGCCCGAGUACUACUGA